AUGAAGUUCUCCACCAUGCUUGUUUUCCCCGCCCUUGCUCUUGGAGCUGCCACGCCCAAGCUUCCGGUUUCUUCUAUCGACCCUGCCUGUCUUGAGAGUAUCACCAGCGUCGCCGACUGCAUCAAGAACCUCAAGCCCACCGGCGCCGCUGCCCUCACUGAUGUCGCAACUUGCCUCGCCGAAAUUGUGGCUGGGGUUCAAAAGUGUAUCCCUGGUGUUCCUGGCGGCUUGCCCUCUGGUUUGCCAACUGGCCUCCCUACUGGCAUCCCCACUGGCCUACCUGUUCCUCUUCCAACUCCUCUCCCCGGUGGUCUUCCUGGAAAUGGUACCCCUGGAGUUCCUGAGGUCCCUGGUAUCCCCAGGCUUCCUUAA